AUGGCGGCGGUGCAAGUUGCCGCUUCUCUGCUGUGCGAAUCACCGCCGAAGGCUCCGAUGGAGCCACCCCUUGAACUUGGGAGUGGGUUCCGCCGCUUGUCUGCCAAGCUCUGCGCUCUGCGCCCGGACGACAACAGCUCCACCCGCACCGAGAUCCACCUGCUCUUCGAUCAGCUCAUCUCCGAGAACUACAACGAAGGCGACGGCGUGACCCCGGAGGAUGUCAGUGCUCUUCUUGUCCAGGCAUGCCGACUGGUACAUCUCAGUCAGAACCAUCUUGUCAGCAAAGUGUCUCAACUUAUUCACCAUUUACUUAACAGGCUACAGGUGAUAGUUGAUGAACAGAACCUGGAUUUCCUGUUGGCAUAUACCAUAUCGGCUAUUCAACAAUGUAGUUCCUGGACUCACAUGGAAAUUCUCCAAGCCCUGGCGGCUCUGGUUUAUUGCAAUGGCUCAAAGUGUCAAAAGUACCUCCCCGACUUGGUAGGCAAGACCGGACUUUUGAUGAAGUUGAGUGACCCAGCUCAAUCUGAUCCUGAAGUGAGGAGGGCUGCAGUGCACUGUAUGGCCAACCUGUGUCUCAGUGUGCCAGGACAACCAUACUUGGAUGAGCCUUACCAAAAUAUCUGUUUCCACACAUUUUUGACCACUUUGCAGUCUCCAAAAUUGUCUGGCAUGGAUGACAUCACAUUUUGCAUGUUGUCACAAAAUGCAUUAAAAGGUAUACAGUCACUUCUAAAUGGUGGGAAGAUGAAACUGACACAGACGGAAGACCUUGGAGCUCUUCUAGCUGUGCUGAAGAAAUCCAUGUUUCAUGGACUCCCUGGACUAAACAUAGAGAUACCUACAGUGUUGUAUCCAACUCUGCUUCCUCAAUAUGAUGGGCGACCACCUGCCAAACCACAGCAAUUGGAAUCCUGCACUUCUCGACCGACUGUGAAUAAAAAGAAAAAGGCAAAAGUAAAACCAAAGAAAGUCCAACAAGGCGAGGAGGAGGAAGAAGAAUCCAGUGGUGAAGUGGAAACAGCUCCAGCCCCUGGCAGAGUGGCCAUGCAUAUGGGGAGCACUCCGUGUCCCUCCUCCCUGGGAGCCCAGAGUUUGCCAGUAGAUGGAAGUGGAGCUUCAGGAAAAGACCACGUCUCCUUGCUCUUCAGUUCUUCCCCUUGGAAAAGAGUCAGCAGUAGUGAAUCAGACUACUCGGAUGCUGAAGGAGGCCUGCAGAGUAAAAUGAGGUCAUACCAAGCCAAAGUUCGCCAAGGAGCAUUAGCUUGUUUUCUUUCUACUAUAAAAUCAAUAGAAAAAAAAGUUCUUUACGGCUACUGGUCUGCCUUUGUUCCUGACACACCUGAGCUUGGAAGCCCACAAUCCGUGUCCUUAAUGACUCUUACAUUAAAAGAUCCAUCUCCAAAGACACGAGCCUGUGCUCUGCAAGUUUUAUCUGCCAUCUUGGAAGGGUCCAAGCAGUUUCUUUCUGUUGCUGAAGAUACCAGUGACCACAGACGGGCUUUUACUCCUUUCUCUGUGAUGAUCGCUUCCAGCAUUAAAGAGUUACACAGAUGUCUUUUGUUGGCUUUAGUGGCAGAGUCCUCUUCACAAACGCUUACUCAGAUCAUUAAGUGCCUUGCAAAUUUAGUAUCAAAUGCACCUUACAACCGUCUGAAACUCAGCCUGCUGACCAAAGUCUGGAAUCAAAUAAAGCCUUAUAUCCGCCACAAAGAUGUUAAUGUCCGCGUGUCAAGCCUCACGCUCUUGGGAGCUAUAGUGUCCACCCAUGCACCUUUACCUGAAGUCCAGCUACUUUUACAACAGCCUUGCUCUUCUGGACUCAGUAAUAGCAACUCAGCAACUCCUCAUGUGAGCCCUCCUGAUUGGUGGAAGAAAACCCCCUCAGGACCCUCUCUAGAAGAAACCACAAGCAACUCACCAAGGGGCGCUUCAGAGCCCUGCUGGCUCAUUCGACUUUGCAUGUCCCUCAUUGUACUGCCCAGAGAGGAGUCCUGUUCAGGUAGUGAGGCUGGUUCCACAGCAGGAAGCACCUAUGAACCGUCCCCUCUGCGACUGGAGGCCUUACAGGUGUUGGCUCAUCUGGCAAGGGGCUACUUUUCAAUGGCCCAGGUCUACCUGAUGGACCUUGGAGAGGUGAUCUGCAAGUGCAUGGGGGAAGCAGAUCCAUCCAUUCAGCUUCAUGGAGCAAAGCUUCUGGAAGAAUUGGGGACAGGCUUAAUACAACAGAAUAAACCAGAUUCUACCGUAGCUCCCAACCAGAGAGUGCCAGUCCUUUUGGUGGUGACAUUCUGGACGAUGAUGCUGAACGGGCCUUUACCCAGAGCCCUCCAGAAUUCAGAGCACCCGACUCUGCAAGCCAGCGCCUGUGAUGCCCUGUCUUCCAUCUUACCAGAGGCCUUCAGCCUUCUGCCGAAUGACAGGCAGAUCCUGUGCAUCACGAUGCUGCUCGGGCUCAAUGACAGUAAGAACCGUUUGGUGAAAGCUGCCACCUCCCGGGCCCUUGGAGUCUAUGUGCUUUUCCCCUGUCUCAGACAGGAUGUCAUAUUUGUUGCAGACACUGCAAAUGCAGUCUUGAUGUCACUUCAAGACAAAUCCCUGAAUGUCCGGGCCAAAGCAGCCUGGUCCCUGGGGAACCUGACAGACACGUUGAUCAUCAACAUGGAAACACCAGACCCAAGUUUUCAGGAAGAGUUCUCUGGUCUCCUGCUCUUGAAAAUGUUGCGAUCUGCGAUAGAAGCAUCUAAGGAUAAAGACAAGGUAAAAAGCAACGCAGUCCGGGCCCUUGGAAAUUUGCUUCAUUUUCUGCAGCCAUCCCAUGUAGAAAACCCCAGAUUUGCCGACAUCAUCGAGGCAUCGAUGCAGGCCCUGAUCUCUACUGUUCUAGCUGAGGCUGCUAUGAAAGUCCGCUGGAAUGCCUGCUAUGCAAUGGGAAAUGUGUUUAAAAAUCCGGCUCUUCCACUGGGUACAGCUCCGUGGACCUCCCAGGCCUACACUGCCCUAACGUCAGUUGUGACAUCAUGCAAGAACUUCAAAGUGCGCAUCAAAUCCGCCACUGCGCUCUCCAUCCCAGGCAAGAGAGAGCAGUAUGGGUCCAUUGAGCAGUACAGGCAGAUCUGGAACGCACUGGUCACUGCCUUACAAAAGAGUGAAGACACCACCGACUUUCUGGAAUUCAAGUAUUGUGCCAGCCUGAGGACCCAGAUCUGCCAGGCGUUGAUUCAUCUCUUGAGCUUGGCCCAUGCCUCAGACCUUCCAAACAUCAAAGAAGCCCUUGAACAGAAUGGGGACAUGGUCCGAUCCUAUAUCCUACAGUUUUUAAAAUUAGGAGUUGAAGGAGAUGACACUAUAACACCCCACAGCCCUCAGGAAAGAGGCCAGAUGGUAAAAACAGCCUUGGAGCAUAUAGGUGGCAUCCAGGCCCUAAGUGGGGACACAGCCAAGAGGGCCAUCCUGGGCUAUUUAGAUGGACUGCUGACAGUUUAUUUAGACUCAGCUGGAUCUCAAGUUGCCCCACUAGGAGUUCCACAUGAGAACAGUUAA